AUGCCAACUCCUCGAUUAAAAGAUAUUGCCGAAGAUGUAAAAAAGUAUGUCGAAAGUGCCACCGGCGAAGCCGCCCAAAAAGAACGCAGUGCGGCGGUUAAACAACAAUUAGCCAUAGUCUUAACCAAUGAAGGCUCCCUCACUAACCUCAAAGCGGCCAUUGCCAAAAUUGAACCUUAUUUUGAAGGCCAUCGACCAGAUGCCUCUAACCGAGCCAAAAGUUUAUUUAGAAAUUUCCAAUAUUGCAAUGUUUAUCAGCAAUGGUUAGCGGCCGUGAAAUCCCCGCCUGGAAGCGGUCAAAAAUUAUUAUGGUAUGAUUUGUGUGGCACGAAUCCUGGUGGAGAUAUUCGACCAAGAGUUAAACCGUUGAUGCCGCGGGGAGGAGCCCGAAUAUUUAAUGAUAUUUUCGGUAGCCCAGACCCCGCCAAACCGACUAAUUCAGCCACCAUGGAUAAUCUCCAAAUGAAUUAUUUUACUCGCUUAGCGGAAGAAUUAUUGCGAGGUUCCACCCCUUCCUCCACCCCUCCCCCCCAAGGUAGUGGUUUUAAUCGUGAUUAUGCGGCCGAAGAAAGAGAACGACAACAAUCAGAGCGAGAACGCCGAAGAAAUCACCCCGAUUGA